UAGUCAAAAUGGCGACGUCCCUAGGAGCUAACACGUACAACAGACAAAACUGGGAAGACGCGGACUUCCCAAUUCUUUGUCAGACAUGUCUGGGAGAAAACCCCUAUAUUCGAAUGACCAAGGAGAAGUAUGGGAAAGAAUGCAAGAUCUGUGCUCGUCCCUUCACUGUGUUCCGCUGGUGUCCAGGGACACGCAUGCGUUUUAAGAAGACAGAGGUCUGUCAGACUUGCAGUAAGAUGAAGAAUGUCUGCCAGACAUGCCUGCUUGACCUGGAGUAUGGUUUGCCUAUUCAGGUACGAGACACUGGACUGGCCAUCAAAGAUGAAAUUCCGAAGUCAGAUGUGAAUAAGGAAUAUUACACGCAAAACAUGGAGAGAGAGAUAGCCAACUCUGAUGGGUCACGGCCAGUUGGCCUGUUAGGGAAGGCCCCAAGUUCCAGUGACAUGUUACUGAAGCUGGCCCGUACCACGCCAUACUACAAAAGGAACCGUCCACACAUCUGCUCUUUCUGGGUCAAGGGAGAGUGUAAGAGAGGAGAGGAGUGCCCUUACAGGCACGAGAAGCCCACAGAUCCAGAUGAUCCCCUGGCCGACCAGAACAUUAAGGACCGUUAUUACGGCAUUAAUGACCCAGUAGCAGACAAGCUGCUUAAGCGGGCCUCCACCAUGCCACGGUUGGACCCACCAGAGGAUAAGUCAAUCAGCACCCUCUACAUAGGAGGACUUGGAGAUACAGUCACAGAUGCAGAUCUCAAGAACCACUUCUACCAGUUUGGUGAGAUUCGUACCAUUACCAUUGUCCAAAGGCAGCAAUGUGCCUUCAUCCAGUUUGCUACACGACAGGCAGCUGAGAUGGCCGCUGAGAAGUCUUUCAACAAACUUAUCAUCAAUGGACGCAGGCUCACCGUUAAAUGGGGCAGGUCCCAGGCAGCACGGGGAAAGGAGGCAAUCAAGGAUGGGGUCAGUGAGAUGGGUACCAGACUAGACCCUGUACCUGGACUGCCUGGAGCUCUUCCUCCUCCACCAGCUUUAGAUGAGGAGGCUCCUACAAACUACUUCAACCUGGACCCAAGUACCUCUCCUGCUGUGAUGAACAUUGCUUUGCCCCCACCCCCUGGCAUCAAUCCACCCCCUCCAGGUUUCGGCCCUCCGAUGUUUCACCCCAUGGGUCCCAUGGCUCCUCCUAUGCCCCCACCUAUGGGCAUGAGACCUCCCGGUCACAUCCACUAUCCUUCCCAGGACCCCCAACGGAUGGGUGCCCAUGCAGCACACGGCUCCCGCCAUGGCGAUUAA